AUGAAUAUUCCUGGUUUUCUACAAGAGAAGGUUCUCGGAAAGGGUUCAUACGGUACAGUCUACAAAGCGAAACGAAUAGCUAAUGAUCAAUCAUAUGCUGUUAAGAUUGUUAAUACAGCAGGAAUGUGCAAAAGAGAAUUAGAAGAUUCAGUCAACGAAAUCAGAUUGAUGGCAUCAUUUAACUCACCAUUCAUUAUAAGUUUCUAUGAAGCAUUUGCAUUACAAACACGUUUAUGCGUUAUUACGGAAUACGCACGCUUAGGAGAUCUUUCCAAACUCAUUGAUAGAAGGAAAAGGACAAAUAGACCACUCCUUGAAGAUGAUAUUUGGAGAUUCCUGAUUCAAGUUACAGAAGGUCUCAGAGUUCUCCAUGAGAAAGGAGUUGUUCAUAGAGAUAUCAAGAGUGCUAACUUACUUCUUUGCGCACCAGAUUUAGUUAAAAUUGGUGACUUGGGAAUUAGUACAAUCCUCCACUCUCAUCAAUUCGCUAAAACUCAGAUAGGUACACCAUUGUAUCUUGCACCUGAAAUCUGGCGUCGUCGCCCAUACGAUGCCAAGUGUGACAUGUGGUCUCUUGGAGUAGUUCUCUAUGAAAUGCUCAACUUUUCCUUCCCAUUCAUUGCAAAUUCAACAGAGGAGUUAGGCCGCCGUAUUCUUGCUGGUAGAAUUGGCCCAAUUAGAAACGGUUAUUCAUCUGAGAUUCAGAAUAUUGUCAACUUAUUACUUCAAACAAAUCCUGAUAACAGACCAAGUUCUGAGGAACUUAUGAAUAUGCCAUGCAUUAAGAAUAGAAUGCACUUGAUUGCUUCUUUGCUCCCAGAAGAACAGCAACUUUUACAUUCUCAUGAUGAUUUUGAUAUUUUACCAACAAUCAAAGUUCCAAGAAAGAUCAAUCAGUGUGCAUUCCCAGCCCCAAACUAUGAAGAUGAUAAGGAUUUGGUCAGACCUAUGGCAGAAAGAUUACAUGUCAAAGGAGGUCCAGCAACAGAAAAAGACGCUGAUUUAAUAUCCACAAGAGAAUUAAUGAUGGUUGCUGAUCAUGAUUGGUGGUCACCAAAGAAGCUCAAAAUCAGUGAUGAAAUUGAAUCUGAUAGACGUGAGAGCAAACCUUUAUCACAGAGAUCUCCUAGUGUUCCACCAAUUAUACAACAGCCAAAGGUACCAAUAAUCAUCCAACCAAAGCCUAAACCAGUUCCAAGGCAUAUAAUUCACAGACAAAAUGAUGAAAAUGUAAAUCCACAAAAACAACCAAUCCAUAAUAAGAUUUACAAGCCACAACCUCCAGCAGAAGCCAGAUGGCCACCAGCAAACUACUAUGCUCCAAGACCAUCCCCGAGAUAUUGCUUCGCAAACAAAAUACCUCCUCGGGCUUAUCCACCAAAACAAUCAAAUGUCAACGCAGCGCCACGAGGACAAUAUAAGUAUGUUAUUCCGCCAUGGGCAUGA